AUGAUGACCAAUGAAGAUGAGGUUAUAUCCGACUCUGAAGAUCAGGAUGAGGUUGAAAAAUCGUACUAUUUUCAUAGCACGCAAAUGCAAAGCAUCCAUGAAACCGUUUUAGAAACAGAAAAAAUUCAGCAAAUGCAAAGAAAAAGUAUAUCAACACUCGAGAGUCUAAGUUAUACUGGAGAAAUGAACGAUUCAAAAAGAGUUACCAGUCCAGUGAAUAUCAAGAAAAAGGGAACAAGAAAAGCAAUAAGAAAAGCAUCAACGGUACCAAAAGAGCAAAAGAAGAGGAAAAAUCAAUCAAUGAGCAAACUGGUACGAGAAAUGUUUGACCUGGAUAAAAGUAAAUACUUCUUUGCUAAACAGAGUAAGAUUGAUCAAUUCUGUGCUAGAACCAAGACACAAGGUGCUUUUUGUAUGCAGAAAUUUCGACUACGGCCCUUAUCAUCAUCGUCAUUAACGAAUAAUACCCUUUUUACAUCAAUAGAAUGGUAUCAUGCUCUACGAAGCAUUAAGCUCAAAUUUCAAAAAACACAUGAAAUAAUAGAUGUGCAGUAUGAAAAUAAUGACAGCAGUUGUACCCGACUAUGGGACAAAGCCAGUGCAAGUGUAGUGUUAAGCAGUGACGAAACCAAAUGGUUGUAUGAUAAAGAUUCAUAG